UCAUCUCGGAACGGAAAAAACGUUUCUCUCUCCCUCUCUCUUCUCUCCUCUCCUCUCAAGGGUUUCAAUUUCCCGCGCAUUAUAGACGAAAACAUGGCUCCUAAAACGGAUAACACAGAAGCGAUCGUUCUCAACUUUGUAAACGAGCAAAACCGACCUCUGAACACCCAAAACGCAGCUGAUGCUCUGCAGAAGUUUAGCCUCAAGAAGACUGCUGUUCAGAAAGCGCUUGAUAGCCUCGCUGAUGCUGGCAAAAUCACUUUCAAGGAGUAUGGUAAGCAGAAGCUGUACAUUGCUAGGCAAGACCAGUUCGAGAUUCCAAACACUGAAGAGCUUGCUCUGAUGAAAGAAGAAAACGCAAAGCUUCAAGAACAGGUUCAGGAGAAGAGGAAGGCAAUCAGUGAAGUGGAGUCAGAGGUAAAGUGCUUGCAGUCAAACUUGACACUAGAGGAGAUACAAGAGAAAGAUGCUAAGCUAAGGAAAGAGGUUAGGGAAAUGGAAGAGAAACUGCUCAAACUACGUGAAGGUGUUACAUUGGUGAGGCCGGAAGACAAGAAGGCUGUUGAAGAUAUGUACUCUGACAAGAUCAAUCAGUGGAGAAAGCGUAAGAGGAUGUUCAGAGACGUUUGGGAUACUGUCACUGAGAAUUUUCCAAGAGAUAUUAAGGAGUUUAAGGAGGAGCUUGGAGUUGAAUAUGAUGAAGAUGUCGGCCUAAGUCUGCAGGCUUAUUCUGAUCCGAUUCCACAUGGUAAAAAGAGGGGCAGAGGGCAGUAACUUUCAGAUCGGUGAUUUGUGUUCAUAACGAAGUUGGUGGCGAGUCUGGCGACUGUUUCUGUUUCCGCAAGUCAGACGAAAUUACGAAUUUUUUAAACUUAUCUUGAAUUUUUUAUAACUUUGAAACAUGAAGUUUAAAACUUAAAGUUUAAGUAUGUGACAUCUUUAAAAUUGAAAACUUAAUAAUCUUUAAAUUUUUAAAACUGAAAUUAUGUUGUUUACAUUAAAUGGGCAUAUGGGCCGUCCAUGGAUAGCCCAACAAAUCAUGGUCUUAUUUGGUUAUGGUCUCAUUUGGACAUGGUUCUAUUUGGGCUUCGACCAAAAAUGUCCAGCAAAAAAAUGAAACCCAUUCGGACACACCCAAACCCGCCCAACCCGCCCAUUUGACAUCUC